AACUAGGGUUUAAGAAAGCCCUAGGAGGCGGGCCAAGGAAUCUCUUCUUCUCUCUUCCGCCAUGGAGACGGUGCUUGUAUUCAAGGCGGGCAAAAUGCUGAUGGAGGGAGUCCAGGUCCGCGCGGAUCCAAGGAAGGGCUUGUUUUGCAUAGCCAGGGACGAGGCCGGGCUUGUGCACGUCCAGUGGCAGGAUCGCGUGUCGGGAGCUGUGGAGGACGAUCAAAUCGUCUUCGCGGAUGAAGCAAUCUUUGAGAAGGUCCAGCAAUCCAAUGGCCGAGUUUACAUCCUAAAGUUCAAGACUGAUGAUAGAAAGAUGUUCUUCUGGCUCCAGGAGCCAAAUCCUGCGGGUGACGAGAGGCUGUGCGACGCCGUGAACAUCCAAAUCAAUCAGCCGGUAGUGGAGGAAGCGUCGGUAGAGGAAAGUAUCGAGCGUGACAUUGUCAACACUGCUGACGAUACUGGGAAAGCCACCCCGUCCGGAGGAGGAGCGGUCGAGAACAUCAGAAAUCCUCCCGUGCAGCUCGCCGAGCUACAACAGAUACUGGCAAACCUCGGCCAGAGCCUGAAUGGCCACGGGGGGACAUCAAGAGCAUUCCAAGAUCCAGGGCCUAGUCUGACGGACGUUCUUAAACCGGAUCAUGUCCUCCCGCUGCUUGAAAACUCCCACCAAUGGGAGGAGAGACUGUCUCAGUAUCUUCCCGAGGGGAAAUGGACACCCGAGGCCAUCGCGGAUUUAAUGCAGAGCCCACAGUUUCGUCAGCAGCUUGACAUGUUCACUCACGCUCUCAGGUCGGGUCAAAUGGAUUUGCAACAGUUUGGCAUUGAUCCGAGUCAGUGUGACUUCACUGUAGCAUCGUUUCUAGAAGCGAUACAAAACCAGGUGGAAGCUGGGGACCAUUCGCAGCGCGACGUGGAUGACAUGGACGAGUGAGUGAUUUGUCACUCUCCGAUCCCUCUAGUAGUAAUUGAGAAACUGGAUUUUGCUGGAGGAAGAGAUGGGGACUUGAACAUACAAGCCUGGCGUUUUCCUCCCUCCCAGCGUAAGAUCACGCGGUUUGUACAAGCAUGAGACCAGCUUUCACCUUUAAGAAAGAAAAGAAGGAACUAUCAAUCUCAAAUAACGAGACCUUUUGAAUCGAUGAAUGAAAAUCUAGCUCACCUAAAGCAGGCCUGAUUUCUCCA